UGUUUAUAGUGUGACCACAAGGAGCCAGCGGACAGACGGGGGGGGACAUUACUAAAAGCGAAAGAGAAGAAUGACUUGGGACAUUGAAUAGGACAGAAACGGAGAGAUUUCUCGAAGCAUUUGCUGCACUCAGAGGAUUUGAAUAAAAAAAAAAAAAGGCGUGUUCGUGGUAAAGCCAUGGAACCUUUGCUGACUAGCAACUCGGCAGCCCCAAAACCCAGCUCUUCAUCUCCCUCCCCACCGAGGCCUGACUCUCCCUCUUCCAGCUCAUAUUCCACCACAACCACACCGCCAUCAGACCGCCUCAAGCCAAAACUCACAAUGCCUACCCCUCCGGCUACGCCCUCAUCAUCGUCAUCUACCUCGGCCGCCUCUCCUCGAACAUCUCCAGGUCUCUCCUCUCGUCCUUCCUCGCUGUCAACGCCGCCGGUGUCCCCUCUUCGCCAGCCCAUCAGGAACCCCUCUCUGGUGGGCAGAUCUCAGCUCAACGCAAUCUCUACGGGAAGUCCCGCAAACGGCUCCGCGGCUGCCAAGGCUCCGCAGCCACCGCCUACACCCGAACCAGACGAGCCAGAGGAGGAGGUCAGUUUUGAGGAUCUGGAGGAGAGAGCAAAGUCAGGAGACGCUAAAGCACAGACCAAGAUGGGACGUUACUUCCUGGCACUGGCAGAAGAAAAAGAUGAGGAGCUGAACAACUGCACAGCGGUCACUUGGCUUGUCCAAGCUGCUAAACAAGGUCGCAAGGAUGCCGUCAGACUGCUGCAACAGUGCUUGGCGUCCAGGAAAGGCAUCACUCUAGAGAACUUUGAGGAGGUGAAGAAGUUGUGCACAGAGACACGCUUUGAAAGAGGAGUCAGGAAAGCGGCUCUGCUGAUGUACUGGAAACUGAACCCGGAGAGGAAGAAGUCUGUGGCCGUUUCAGAGAUGUUAGAGAAUGUUGAACAUGUCCACACAGAGCCAGGUAAACCGGUCUCCCCGGGCCCACUCAACAGCUCUGCCAAGAAACAGAGGAGAGUCCUGGAGUCUUUGGUGUCCAGUGAGGCCUCCUCCCACGUGGGUCUUGAUGACUUUGUUGAGAUGACUAAGAAGUACGCUCAGGGUGUUUCACCUUCGACGGUUAUGGCUGCAGCAGGAGGUGACGAGGACGACGAUGAUGUCGUGGUGAAGAAUCCAGAUGAGCUGCCUUUACACCAAAAGCUGUUGAAGUUCCCUCUGUACGCCCUGCUAGAGAUAAAGGAGCACCUCAUUGACUGGGCGUCACGGGCUGGCAUGCAGUGGCUUAGUGCUCUGAUCCCCACUCACCACGUCAACGCACUCAUCUUCUUCUUCAUCAUCUCCAACCUCACCAUCGAUUUCUUCGUCUUCCUCAUACCUUUACUGGUUUUCUACCUCUCCUUCUUCUCCAUGGUCAUCUGCACACUGCGAGUAUUUCAGAAUUCAAAAGCGUGGGAGAACUUUCGGGCCCUGACUGAUCUGCUGGCUCACUUUGAACCCGGUCUAGAUCUGGAGCAGGCUGAGACCAAUUUUGGUUGGACACACUUAGAGCCUUAUUUGUACUUUCUGCUCUCUGUGAUCUUUGUGGUUUUCUCCUUCCCUGUUGCUGAUAAAUCCUGGAUCCCGUGCUCGGAGUUUGCCGCUGUCGCUCUUUUCUUCACCUUCACCGCCUUCCUCAGCCUUCAUGCAUCGGCUCAGCUCUUUGCUCGGAAAGCUCUCCUCACAGAGUUCCUCUCCGGAGCGUGCUCACUCACGCACAUCCUGCCCGACUCCCUCUGGUUCCUCAGGCUGUUUGGGAUGACGUUCAUCAAAGUGCCUCUAGGGGACAUGGUGGCGUUGAACCUGGGGAUGCCGUGGCUGCUGUACGGGCAUCUUUUCUAUCUCCUCUUCCGUAUGGCUCAACUGAGAGGCUUCAAGGGGACCUACCUGUGCCUGGUGCCCUAUCUAGUCUGCUUCACCUGGUGUGAGCUCAGCCUGGUGUUCCUCAAUAACGCCUCUGCUAUAGGACUCAUCCGUACAUGCGUCGGCUACUUUCUCUUCCUAUUUGCUCUUCCUAUUCUCUCUCUGGGCCUGGCUGCAAUGUUCAUCAUCCAGUUGCUGCAGUGGUUUCUCGCUCUGGAGCUGACAAAGAUGGUGGUCACACUGACCGUUUGCUUCGUACCAGUCGUGCUGAGGCUCUGGACCCGCUUUAGCCUCAACCCCAUUGUAGUUUUCCGCUCCUUGUCGGGGAGCAGCAUCGUCAAACUCAUCCUAGUGUGGCUCAGUGCGGUGGUGCUCUUCUGCUGGAUGUAUGUGUACAGGUCUGAAGGCAUGAAGGUGUAUAACUCCACCUUGACGUGGCCCGAGUACAGCAACAUGUGCGGCCCUCUGGCCUGGAAAGACUCCAACAUGGCUCAAACUCAGAUUCUCUGCUCUCACCUGGAAGGACAUCGGGUCACCUGGACCGGGCGCUUCAAGUAUGUGCGUGUGACCGACAUCGAGAACGGGCCGAACUCGGUGAUCAACUUAAUGCCCGUGUUUUUGGGCAACUGGAUGCGGUGCCUCUAUGGAGAGCCGUACCCUCUAUGUGAGGAGGUGAUAAACGCAACAGCCGAGCCGCAGCCCCUGCCUGCCCCGGCCCCUCGCCCGGAAGACCCCCUCUGUAAACUGAAAAGACUGGCCAAGCACGAGUGCCACAUCAAACGCUUCGAUCAUUACAAAUUUGAGGUCACGAUGGGAAUGCCUCUGGAGAGGAAGUCAAAGAAUGGGACAAUCAUAGAGGACGAAGAUGCCACUAAGGACAUAGUCCUGCGAGCUAGUAAUGAGUUUAAGUCUGUGCUUUUACACUUAAACACGGGCAGCCUGGUGGAGUUCAGCACCAUACUGGAGGGUCGUUUAGGCUCGAAAUGGCCUGUGUUUGAACUCAAGGCCAUUCACUGCUUGUCAUGCAGCGAUGCCAACAUUACAACUCGCAGGCAGUACAAGAUUGAACACGACUGGAGGGGCACGGUUCAGAACGCUCUGCAGUUUGGUUUUGACUUCUUCUUUAACCCCUUCCUGACCGCUCAGCUGGAGCAGCACUCUGAAACAGAGACACAGGAGGAGGCAUAGAGGAGGGGAGACAUACAGUAAACACACCUGUGGGGAAAUUAGAAGCAUAAUGAUACUAUCUCCAGGAGGUUCACUUUAAUGGUAAUACUACACUGUUCUUUUAGAAUUACAGUUAACAUGAACUGUAGGAUGGUGGACAGAUGCUGAGUACUACUGUAGUGUCAGUCUGGACUCCAGAGAGUGUGUGUUUGCAAUUUUAUAGCUUUUGAGCCAGAAUGUAUGAGAACUCAAAAUACAAUGUGAUAAAAAUGUACACAAGGGGAGAGAAAUGAAAUCAAUAAGGUUUUUUUUUUUUUAGAAUAAAAAAUGUAAUGCCUAACACCAAAAUAUGAAAAAAUCAUCUAAACCCCUGAAGGUGGUCAGUUAUGCAUUUCAAGUUUAAUAAUGUAAUUUAUUAUUUUGUUUGUUUCUUAACAAAACACUAUCUCUGCUCAUGUUUAUCAAAAACGUGUUGCCAAGAUGAUCAGUAUUUAUAAUUCAGUUUGAUUUUCUGAAGUGUCCUCUCUUAGUUUUGUCCCCGGCCUAAAGUUGUCUUUGUUUGUUUUUUUAAACAAAAAGUCUUUGACGCUGAUGAUCACUCGAUUUCCUUUGCCAUUAAGCUUUAAUCGUUUUGUGUCAUGUGUCAAGUAUGUUAGCUGGUUUUUAGAAAUAAUUUUAAAUAAUUCAAGUGCCUUAAUAAACUUAAAUUAGGUAGAGAUAAGACUUUAUCAUUUCUUUAGUGCUUACACUUAAAAAAAAAAAAAAAAUCUUAUCUGGAGCUGUACUUGUAUUUAUUACAGAGAAGUGUUCUCCAACGUUGUCUCUGUUCUCUCUCGUCCCUUGAUUUUCUAUGUUUCUGCUGUGCAGAGAUUGAAUAAAUGUUUUCAGCCCCUGACUGUUGAUCUGUUGUAGGUUAGGAUGUCACUACUGUUUUCUGUACUGUGACCAAUAAACUAAAUACUUUCA